ACCUAAUAUUAGCAGUAUUUUCUGCAAAAGCAGGAAGCAGUACACAGAUACAGCCCACCUGCUCGCUCUUCUCUCAGCAGCGGCUUACUGAAGCUCGGGCAUCUGGCUCUACAGCAGAGUGGCUGGACAAAAUGGCAGUUAUUACAGUGCAUGAUAACUCUGAAACUGUGGAAUUGUGUAACACACAUCGGCUCUUUCUUAAACCAAAAUUAAAGUUAUUAAUCACAGUGAUCCUCCCAGAAGAAAGAGACCCUUCCAGGCCAAUACCAAACCGGGAGAUUUUAGAACAGUUAAAGAAUUUGGUGGAACCGGAACAUUUCAGUUCUCUGAAGGUUUUAAGAAAUACAAAAGAGAAUAUUUGCUUUGAAGGUGAAGCUGAUACAAAAAUGUUAGCUCAAGUACUCUUGGAAAAGCUUAAUGGUGCACUGCUACAACUAAACAGCUUUCAGGAGCCACUGAGCAUUGACGUCACAGAGGUUCCCUUGGACUCGCCAACCGAUGAAGAGUUACAAUUCUAUAUGCCAAAACCUGAGGGAGAUUUAGAAAAUAAUCAUUCAGAAAAUAUGAUUCCACCUGCAAUCUAUUUGGAGGGGUUACCUUGCAAAUGGUUUUCAGUGGCCAGUGUGAGUACUGAGAAGCCAAGUGAAGACGUUCUCAGAAGUGCAUUUGAGAAAUAUGGAAAUCUUUCAAAUGUAGAUAUACCUAUGCUUGAUCCAUAUAGAGAAGUUGUUGGAAACCUGUCUUUGGGAGGUCUUCAAACCUUUGAGGCCUUUCUUCAAUAUGAAGAUAUAUCAAGCAGUAUAAAUGCAGUUCAGGCACUUCGCAGAAUGAAACUGAUGUACUCAAGUGAAGAUGGCAAGUGUUUAGCUUGUGAUAUAAAGGUAUCCAUAGAUACAACAAAACACUUUAGUGAAGAGACAAUAAGUAAGAGAAAUGCUGAAAGACUUCAGUUACAGGAGCUGGAACAGCAAAGAAAACAAGAAAAAGAGAAGGAAGCUGAGCGAAAAAGAAAGGCUAAAGAAAGAAAAUUAAGAGCAAGAAAAAGGAAAGCCAGAUUGAAAAGGAAGCUUCAGAAACAAAAAGAGCAAGAAGAAAACACACAAGAAAAAGAUUUGUUUUUCGAGGAAGUAGAAAACACAGAAGAAUGGGAGGAGAGGAAACUGCUUCUAGCUCAGAGACGAGUCGAAUCAAUCAAUCUGCUUUCACUGCUCUUGGACCAAAUUAAUAAUUUAGCAGAAGCAAACAGACAUAUUGAAGAACAUAUGGAAUGUGAUUUUACUGAGGACUCCUGUGACAGCACAAUAUCUACAUAUUCCCAACUGAGUAAGUCCCUGUCCAUAGGAAGUUUAAAGGAAAGGGUGAGCAGACAGCAUGGGAUUGAGAGUAAAGAUGACUGUGGAGUUAUGCCCCCACAAAAAAAAAAAUAUUUUCCACUUGAAAGACAAUAUACACCUCAAGCGAAAGGAAAAGGGUUUACAUCUGCAUGGAAAAGUAACUUGAAUUAUAAAUUUCAACCUGCUACAUUUGAAGAGGAAGAAGAUGAGACAGAGCCAAUAAAAUCUAAUUAUUCGGAGCAUAAACCUUUGAAAAGACUGCAGUCUCAGGACACUUCCAGCAUUGGAUACUGCAAAAAGAUAAAAGUUUAUGAAACUGAGGAAUUCAUCAAUUAUUUGCUGAAUUAUUACGACUACCCAGAAUAUGCAAGGUUGUUUCUUCAAACUACGGAUACUGAAAGCAAAGCCUGGUGUUCCAGAGUGGUUUCUUAUAGUGGCGAUACUGUUCACAUAGAAGUCAGAAACAUGACCUGUAAUUUUCCUGAGAUGAAAACUGAGCAGCAGCCUUGCCACAAAACGGACAAUGAUGAACAUGAAAGUAAAAUAACAGCAGAUAUUCCAAAAUCAGAGAGUUCCUCUGACAAUGAGUGUUCCAAAGAAUGUCCUAAAGAAACGGACAAUCAUGUAGUUAAAGAUGAGCCCAAGCCUCCCUUAGAGACAGCAAGGUCUCACUGUGCAAAAGACAAAGAGGGACUAUUUGCAAAAGAACGGAAGAAUGAAGAUUCUAUCCAUAGUUCAGAAUCUAGCGAUGAGCUAAAAGAUGUCCUAGAGCAAAUAAGCAGCACUUCUGAAUACUUCAGUGAAGAGGUAAGCGAGUCAGUAACGAAAGUGAAUAAUAUUAGAAAGAUUUCCAAAAGGCAAAGGAAUAUGGCUUGCUUGAAAAAAGCUAUGUCUUGCUGUCAUUGUGAGAAAAAUAGGAUUUGCCACCAUGAAGAUAUAUUGGGCCAUUUGUUACAUUCCUACUCUGUAUGCAGGCAAAUUAAAAAGCACACAAAGUGUCAUCCAACACAAGCAUGCCAUAAAGCCAAAGUACAUCUACAUUAUGAUAGUGAAACAAGUGAUACUGAUACAGAGAAACAAGUAUGUGCAGUAAGAAAGAGAAAGAAGGUGAAAAGAAAUCCUUCUAGCUGCACGGUGGAAGACAGAAACCACUCCAAAGAAAAGUGCUUUAAUGCUCACAGACUGGCAGGUGUGUCAUCUGAGAAAAAUAGCUACAUGUGGCAAGAUGAACCCGAUAACUUGAGCUAUUAUGGAGAACAUCACAGAAAAGUAAAGAAAAUAUCAAAUCCACAACAAUGCUACAUUCCAGAACACAAAACAGAGUGUUUAAAACAAGAAGAACACUCAUGGGAUUCCGAUGAAUCUUCCAGUUGGUCUAGCUCCAGUCCCGGCCAUCCAUCUGUCUCUACCUUGCAGUCAGACAUUAGUUCCAAAGGAUCAUUCCAUGACUCUUUAGAAUGGGAGCAUCAUUUCUAUUGUGAGGAAGAACUCGAUAGAGGCACAAAGUACAAAAUGUAAAAAUAACCUAAAAAUCAACCAAGGUUCAUCCAAACUGUAUAUGUUAUGUGUUUUAUAUGAUACCUACGAACUGUGAGCUUAGCUAUUUAGGGGUAAGCUACCCUGCUACCUACAUAACUGUUGCCAAACUUCAUCAGAAGAAAUAUCUUCAGAACCUUGUAUAGCAAUAGUCCUUUAGAGCUAACCUCCUUUUUCAGCAAAGGACAUCAAUGCUUUUCAUGUGAAUAGAAUAUGGCUGAUGCUGCUUAUAUAAUUGUUCAUAUGUGAAAGUAAAUAUUUAAAUACCCUUAUAUUGUUUUUGUUAACCAUCCAUUUUUCACUGCAAGCAUUUAAUGACCAUAUGGUUGACAAUUCUCAUUAAAAAGAAAUACAUUGUGGUUAUUAUUGGA